UUUUUUGUUUUUUUGUGGUUUUUUUUUGCGGUACGCGGGCCUCUCACUGCUGUGGCCUCUCCCGCUGCGGAGCACAGGCUCCGGACGCGCAGGCUCAGCGGCCAUGGCUCACGGGCCCAGCCGCUCCACGGCAUGUGGGAUCUUCCCGGACUGGGGCACGAACCCGCGUCCCCUGCAUCGGCAGGCGGACUUUCAACCACUGUGCCACCAGGGAAGCCCUACAUACUCUUUUAAUUUAUAACUUGUUUUUGUCACUUUAAUACUUUGUAAACAUCUUUUUAAUAUAAAUACUUAUGCAUCUACAUCAUAAAUUUUAGAUAACUGCAUGAUAUGAGUCAGCUAUCAUUUAAGCAGUUCUCUGCUGCUGGACAUUUAGAUAGCUUCAAGUCUUUUGGUAUUUCAUUCUUGUACAUAAUCUUUGUUCGCAUGACCUAUUAUUUCCUUAGGAGAAAUUCCUAGUAGUUCUCAGUUCUCUAAUAUUAUAACCAGUACCUAUUUAGUGUUGAGUCCUCAAAGUAGAAAAAGUGCAAAUGCCUGAAACAGAACAUUGACAAGAUUAUAAUUCUGAGAGAUGAUGGUAGAGGUGUUAUAAACAAUUGAACUGGUGUAUUUUAUGGCUUCAGAUUUCUCUAGGAGUCUGGAUCCUUCUCACUGGGAGUGUGAACACUCCCAUUUUUCUUGAAGUUGGUCCAGAGUCUAUGUUCAGUGAACUCCCUUCAGAGCUGGAGGUUCUGUGUUUGCAGUCUUGCUGGAGGCAAAGGAGAGGAGUGGAUGUUUUUGCUGAGAAGGCUGAGGAAAGAGCCAUUGUGGGAUUUGGCUGAGAAAGUCACAGAUCAUGAGAUAGAUGAAAACACUGUCCCAUUAAUAAACAGUUAUGAAUUUUACUGGCUUAAGGCAUGGAGAAAAAAGAAAACAAUUAUGUGUGAUUUAUGUGUAAAGUCCAAAUGGCAUAGAAGAAGGUGUUUAGAGGAUAAAUAAAAAGUUUCAAUAUAGGAUGCGUUGAAAUAUGAAAUGGUAUAACCACACUCAGUCCUUCCUUCCUCCCACUCUGAAUUUCUAGUCUACUUAUUUAUCUAAUGAUGGGCUAUCAGUUUACCCUCUCCCAGGUGAUCUUUUAUGUAAACCCUUGUGGACUCAGGUCUUUAUUCAUGUAAAUAAGGCUUUCGCCUCAAUCUCGAGCCCUAAGAUCGUGUCAGCAAGCUCUUAGCUCUCCUCAGGAGAACACUCUUGGUGAGCUGCCAACAGAGGUAAUCUCUCUCUCUCUCCUCUCUCCCCUGGAAGGAAAUUAGUUAUUACUUGGGGCAACUCUUCCUUUCCAAACUCCAUCCGCUGAACUGAGACCAAUGUGCAAGGUCUCCUGAUAGGCACCAGCCUAAAUGGUAAAUCUCACUCUGACUUUCCCCUUCUUUCAUCUACAGUUUCCUUUCUGUGUCUCUAAGCUACCGAACUCCCCUUCUACACAUAUGGGGAGAAGUGGACAGGGUGAGAGUGAAACAGAGGAGAGUGACAGGGAGGAAAGAACUCACUCCAGCUUCAUUCAUCGCACGUUGUCACGGCAGAGUUCUCCAGCAUCCUUCCAUGCAUUCUCUUGUUCUAAACUGGGAGGAGGCAGGGUGUUGAAGUGGGCCCAGCCAGGGCAGAGUCUCUGCUGGUAAAGGCAUCUGACUCAAUCAGUGAAUCUAAGACCUUAUUUCUCCAUUUUGAACACUUGCUGUAAAGACUGAUCCAUAACCUUGAAACUUUGCUGUUACGUUCAAGCUCCUAGUUGUCCUUGUUUACCUAACUUUGGGAACAUAAAACUGCUAAUACUGACUACCUUGAACAUUUCCAUUGCACAUUUCUGUUUGCAUUUCUGUUCUAGCCAGCUUUCUUUGCUUACAAGGCAGCUGAUCAAGUUAUCUUAACCAAAAGAGAGCUACUGUAAAGAGGCAUAUGGAAUCUCCUGGGAACCUAGGAACAGGAUCAUAAUACAGCUGGGCCCUGUGGGUGCUGGACCAGGGGGAUGGCAGGGCUUCCAAGGCAGCUUUGAAGCUCUCAGUAGAGCAGUUUUGGGUCUUCCCUGUGGGAGAAUGUAAUGGCAGUGGCUGUUGAAAUCAGACGGUUCUGGAUUCAAAUCUUCGCAUUGCUUUUUGGUAGCUACAUGAUUUAGUCCAAAUUACUCCAUAUCUCUCCAAAGAGCCUCAGAUUCUUCAGUGUAAUAUGGGAGUGAUUUUGGGACUCGCUUCAGCAGGAUUCUUGUAAGGCUCAAAUGAGAUAAUGUAUGUAAAUCGCUAGCAUAAUACUGGACUUAUCCAUAUUAAAUCUUGGAAAAAUAGGUUAGCAGCUGUGUUUAUCAUUAACAUGACUCAGUAAACAUGUAUGUCUCAUCUUUAUUUAUAGUUUCUGCUCUCUCAUAAUUUAACCCUUUCAUGUUGGGGAAGUAAAAUUAAAAACAAAAUCUUCUCCCAACCCAGAAAUCCUCUCCACAAAGGUAGUAGAGAAAGAAAACACUUUAAUUAUUGCACAGGCAUUAAACCAGAAUGUGACGAACAUGACAGACAAACCCUUAAUAGACUGGGAAGAAGAAGGGAAUCUGACCUCUUUAGGUAGGCAAGCAGAUACAACCUGUUACAUACAUGUUUUCAGAUAAAUAAUAACUAGUCCUCAGUUAAGAGAACUCGACAGCACUAUUUGCCACACACAGUUUAUCCUAAGUUAACUGGGUAAUUGAGGUGACCUUUUGUGUUAGCUAAUUGACUUUAUCCAGAGGAAGAACAAACCUUUCAUAUCUUUAUGAAAGGAGGUAGUUUUGCAACUUGGAGCAAGGUGCCCACCCACCGAAGUUAGGCUACUACUCUCCCACAGAAACUGGGAGAUAGGGGCACUAGCUAGCUCCCUCGAUGUUUCCAUUUCAAAGAGAUGGUUCCCAGGUCCCUGAGAAAGACAUUCCUAGGUCUUUGACAAAAUGCCAAUCUAGUUUUCAAAAGGAUUUAUUUACAUUUCAAAGAGAAGAGAAAGUGCCUGCAAGUUUUCUAAAGUAAAUGCUCAAAGAAAAAGGAGGGGAGGGAAAUUUCUUCCCUUAUUUUCCACAGGAAGAAUUAAACCUCUCAUUUUUAAUUUGUAUUUGUCCUUACAAUGAUAUGCAAUUCUCCCUCAGUAUCCGUGGGGGAUUGGUUCCAGGACCGUCCCCUCUCUUACCUCCCCGGCUCCCCACGGAAACCAAAAUGCCCGGAUGCUCAAGUCCCUUAUAUAAAAUGGUGUAGUUGGCUAUCCGUAUCUGCGUGGGGUUCCACAUUAGCAAAUUCAACUAACCACGGAAACGAAACCCGCGGAUACGGAGGGCUGACUCUAAUGACCUCUCUGGUCCCCUUGAAAGCCAGGCUUUCUGAUAUAACUGCUGCACUAAAUGGAAGAUUCCUAGGGAAAAGAAUCAGAUUGCUUCUAGUUAUUUGUACUAGGUUGAUGGCCAGCCUCCUGAUUGGGAUCUCUGAGACAUGCACCCACCUAUCAUCCAAUCAGUUACGACAAGAGGAGGAAAGAAUAAUAUGGAAGGAAUAAAGGUCUUACAAGUGGCUGUGGCUAGGGCAGCCCUUUAAAAGCAGCAAACACCCCCAUGUACCUGGCCCAUUUUUCCCUUUAGCCUUCAAAUGCCUGAAGGAGCUCCCCUUAGUAUCGCCAGUGUUUCACAGGUACUGACCUUUUAGUGGGUGCUCAACAGACACUGUUGGUUGAAUGAAUGUAUGAACUAUGUUCUUAGCAGAUUGAAGUUUUGUUAGGUACUCCUCCUGUCGAAAGCAGCUCUGGAGUAUGAUUGCUAUUCAUCAAGUGGGAAAUGCAUAGUGUGAAUUGCUGAAAAUUACAGAAAAUGGUGUUAUGAAAGGAAACUUUUGAAAUAGAGAAGUUGACUUGAAUGUUUCCAUAUGAAUGACUAUCACAUUCUUUUUAUGAAGUUUUUUAAAUUAUUUAAAAAUUUAUUCUUUUUAAAAUCUCACUUGGGGAAGAAAAAAGAUAUAUUAGUGUCAGGAAUAAAGAUUUAGAAUAAAGAACAAUUACAUAUUAAUGAAAUUCUUUCAUUUCUGGGAAAACUAGAUUGAACCAGUUAUCUUAGAUAGGGACAUUUUGUUUUGUCAAGUACAGAAAGAGUGGAAAUAUUUUUUAUAGGAAACAGGAAAAGAAACAGUCUUAUGACUUACCUUUGGAGAGCACCAAAUUAACAGAUUCCCCCCACUCCCUCCCACCUUCCAUCUAAUCUAUCUUUUAACUUAUCCAAAGUAGAAAAGAACAGUGUGAAAACCUGCAAAGUUUAGUUAAUAGCCGAGGCAAUGAGCUCAGAGAUCUGCUCUUCCAUAAUUCCAUAUGAACUGUCACCUCAGGAGUCGACACUUAUAAGAGAUGCUUUGGAACCCGAGGGGUUUGUGUGAGAGGAGAAAGUUGAAUAAGUGGAAAUUGAGUCUCAGCACUGGAGAAACAAGAAUCAAAUGCCUGGUCAUUGGAGGGUGGUAGCGCCAUCCUUUUAUGAGAAGAGCAGGAUAACAAAGACUGUUUCUACUGGGAAAUCUGUCAUUCUUGAAUUCCAGCUUUCUGGCAUCUGUGUCCAAGGUACAUGUCAGUGGGAAGAGUCCACCAGAACUUUAAAAAAAGGUAUAUGUAACAAAGUAAGACUCUCGUAAAGAAAGUCAGAUAUUUUUAGGGAAUUGUGCCAAUAUUGUGAUCACAUGAAUUCUGUGGUCAUUCCUUUCUACUGGAAUGUGGGACACACACAACUGAUUUUAUGACAAAUCUCCACAAUAUUAUGUUGUUACAUUUUAUUUUAUGCAGGCUUAUUGAGCAAAUUGAAACUUAUUCCUUGUCUUUGGCCAACACGUCAGUGGUAGAACCUAAUAUAGCAAUACAGUCUGUUAAUUUCUCUUCAGAAGGCACUGUGGGAUCUACAGGUGUUCUCUUCAGUGUGCUGAAAGGAACUAGGGAUUCUCUGGUUUCUGGUUCCACAGUUGUAAAUGCAAGUGUGGACAAACUGAAUCUGAAUGAACAGGCUGAACUUCAGAUCUUGCUCAACACCACGAAAACUAAUGCCAAGGCAUGUGGCUUUGUAGUGUAUCAAAACAACAAGCUUUUCCAAUCAAAAACUUUUAUAGCUAAAUCACAUUUUAAUAAAAAAAUUAUCUCAAGCAAAACUGAUGAAAAUGUGGAAGAUCAGAGCACUUCUGUUGAAAUGUUUUUUAGUCCAAGGUACAAUGAAAAAGAAUUCCAGCUUCAUUCCUAUGCCUGUGACUAUUGGAAUUUUUCCCUGAAGGAUUGGGACACACAUGGCUGUCACAAAGAAGGAGUCAUUGAUGGAUUCUUGCGCUGCCGCUGCAACCAUACUACUAACUUCGCGGUAUUGAUGAGUUUCAAAAAGGAAUAUAAAUAUCCUGAAUCACUAGAUGUAUUUUCCACAUUUGGAUGUGCACUGUCCAUUGCUGCUCUGGCUCUCACAAUUAUAUUACUGGUCAGCACCAGGAAAGUCAGAAAAACCUCAGUAACCUGGGUAUUGGUCAAUCUGUGCACAUCAAUGUUGAUUUUCAACCUCCUGUUUGUGUUUGGAAUCAAAAACUCCAAUAAGAACUUAAAGACACUUAGUGACACUGAUAAUACUGACUUGAGCAAUAAUGAAAUGUCCAGACAAGACACCGUUGUCAUCUCGAAUCCCACAUGCACUGCGAUUGCUAUCUUGCUGCACUAUUUUGUGUUAGUGACAUUUACCUGGAUGGGACUCAGUGCUACCCAGCUCCAUUUCCUUCUUAUUAGGACCAUGAAGCCUCUUCCUCAGCAUUUCAUUCUUUUCAUCUCUUUAAUUGGAUGAGGAGUCCCGGCUAUAGUGGUAGCUGUGACAGUGGGAAUUAUUUAUUCUCAGAAUGGGAAUAAUUCACAGUGGGAGUUAGACUACCGGCGAGAGGAAAUCUGCUGGCUGGCAACUCAAGAAAGCAGUGGUUUGAUAACAAGUCCAUUGUUGUGGUCAUUCAUCAUACCUGUGACCAUUAUCCUCAUUAGCAAUGUUGUUAUAUUUAUUGUCAUUGUAGUCAAAGUGCUGUGGAAGAAUAAUCAGAAUCUGAAUAGCACAAAGAAGUUUUCAAUCCUAAAGAAGUUUCUUAGCACGUUAUCUGUUGCAGUCGUUUUUAGAGUUACCUGGAUUCUGGCAUACUUAAUGCUAAUGGAUGAUGAUGGCAUCAGGGUCACCUUCAGCUACUUAUUCUGCCUUUUCAACACUACUCAGGGAUUGAAUAUUUUUAUCCUCCACACUGUCAGAACAAAAAUCUUCCAGAGUAAAGCUUCCGAAGUGUUGAAGUCAUUGUCGUUAACUGCUGGGAGGGUGAAAGUGCUGCCAUCAAUGACCCCACUGAGGCUGUACGUAAGGAUGUAUAACACGCUCAGGUCAUUACUAGCCCUAAAUGAACACUUUUGGCUGCUGGAGCCAUCUAUACUUACCAAGGAAAUGGCAUCGUCUGAAAGUGACCAAGAAAACCCAAGCAUCUAGACAGGAAAACUGUUACCUUUUGUGGUCCUCUUUUUAUUCAACUCAUGUGUUUCACUUUUUCUAUUUCCUUCCUUUAUUACCCAGUCUUCUCAAAGUCUCCCUCAGUAUAUUUUGCUUAAGGUUAAGAAUCAGGUAAAACCUGUUGUUUAUUAUCAUCAGGGAUAGUGAAUUUGGUAGUUUUUCUGUUAUUCAAUAGAUUCUUACUCCAAUGAAGUGAAGAAUGCCACUCAGCUUUCACGAUAAUCAUUGCUCCGUACAUCAUAAAGUCUAUGUGACAAAGUUUGAUAAAAAUAUAGAACCUAAAAAAUUCUUUUACUGUUUACUAAAAGGACAUGAGGAGAAAAAUUUACCCUCCAGAACAAAAUGACUCUUGGUGAACACUGAAGGGAGUAGCUUGUAUGUAUCAUACUUUUUUUUUUUUUUUUGCAGUACGCGGGCCUCUCACUGUUGUGGCCUCUCCCGUUGCGGAGCACAGGCUCUGGACGCUCAGGCUCAGCAGCCAUGGCUCACGGGCCCAGCCGCUGCGCGGCAUGUGGGAUCUUCCCGGACUGGGGCACGAACCCGUGUCCCCUGCAUCGGCAGGCGGACUCUCAACGACUGCGCCACCAGGGAAGCCCCUGUAUCAUACUUUUAAUCUGUGAAUAUUUUAAAUUUGUAUGUGCUUAUACUCUUAUUUCCAAUUAAGAAUUUUGCACCAAUUUAACCUCUGGAAAGUGUAUUUUUUUUUUCUGUUAAAAAAGCAUAUUUUAUGACCAGAGGAAUUGACCCCAUGAGAAAUGGGAAGUGAGACUAGAAGAAUUAGCUCGUUGCUAAAGCCUCUGAAUAUUUCCUUCCGGUUCUUGCUAUAUUUACCCUUUUAUUGAUGAAAUGACAGUGAGGCUCAAAAAAUGAAAAGUUAGUCGCAAUCACCCCUUAUGGCUUUUAAAAGAUCAAGCCGCUCAUGGAGUUUCAAACACUUAAAUUAUUAAUGGCUUCCUAAAUAAAAAAUGACCUCCACUGGUUUGGGGAGCACUCCCACUGGACUUAGGAGAUAGUCUUUGAAUUGCUGUGUUCCGUUUUGUCAUAAACUAGGCAGCUGCUGUGAGUGCACUGAACUAAGGGACUAACAAAUGUCAUGUGAGCUGUGGCAUACUCUUCUUACCACGCUCUAAAGAACAUGUGUUUUUUAUAUAGAAAUGGUUGUAAAUGACUGUUAGAUUUCUAGGCGAGCCAAGAGCAUAUUUCAUCUGUAGUAUAAUUGAGACCUUACAGGAUAAUGGAAAAAAGUAAAAGGAAGAGAAUAUAGAAGUAAAGCAAUUCUCAGAGGUUAGUGUUUUUCAUGGUGUUAUAGUGCCAUCCCUAGAUAGGGGCUUGACUUUGGGAAAAUUACAAGAUGUGGUUGACUUACUUUAUGUCCUGGAAUUUAUAUUCAGAUUAAAAUAAACCUUAAGUAAAGGCCACUUUAAAUGUAAAAAAAAAAAUCACCAAAGAGACACAUUUAGCCUGAGGGUGAAAUAUUUGUGUUCCCUUCGUGGUUUUAGUUUUCUUUGUACUUUUUUCAGCACUUUGGGGGGUAUAGCAACCAAAAUUUCACAUAAUGUUCCUGGAAUGGCUCUACCAUAAAUGUACAAGCUCCACACACAUGCUGUGGAAGCUAAGUCAGGUGGACAUUGCUAUUCCCCUGCCAACCCUGAAAUCCUACCUCUUGGAAAUAAUUCUCUUGAUUUAAGCCUUUACCUCGUGCACUGGUCUGGAAUCUUUUAGUUUAGUGAUAGAGAUCCAAGUCAGAUUAGGUUAAGAGUCAAAGAGAGUUUAAUGGUUCAAUUCAUUGUAAAGUGCAAGGGAUGAGUUGGUUUUAGGUAGGGUGAACACGUUCUGGUUUGCCUGAGCCGGUCCCAAUUCGUGCCUGUUGUCCUGAUUCAAGUAUUACCAACAGCCCCUUUUACUCUCGAGUGUCCUUGUUUGGGACACAAAAUAUAUGAUAACACUAACUUUAGGUCUAGAGUUCAAAUGAAAUGAGUUCAAAGAAUGUGUCAGGAUUCUCUUUUUCUCUCCCUGUUUCCUGGCUCUUUGUCCUUCUGUGUUUGGCUUCAUCCUCAUAUUGGGUUUUCAUGGUCGGACACUGGCCAUUGGCAUCCCCUUCCUCCUGCCCUGCAACUUCCCAUCAGUGUCUCCCAUGGGCCACAGCCAGCCAGAAGCCAGUUGAGCCAGGAACCUGUGGGGCUCAGUCCCUUCUGAUACAGAGCAAAGCAGGGGCAGCGAGAAGAAAGGACCAAAGAACUGGUACACCUUGAUGAGUCAUGUGCCCACAGGCACUGUGUCCAGGGAAUAUUGAUCCAGCCUGAGUCACAUACUCACUGUGAAGUGGAGGGAUAGGGGAUGACCUGUUUGAUAGGAUAUCCUGGAGUGGAGAGUGGACAGUUACACCAAGGAUGGGAUGCUGGCAGCAAAACGUGGAGGCGUUUCCACUAUAUCUCCUGACAAAAUACAAGUGCCUCAUGGGACAACAACUGCUUGCAGGCUUAUCAAUCAGUUCCCUGCCUCUGAAUAAGCCUGUUAGAUCCUUGUCUGAGCAGGGUUUGAAUGGGGUGGGUAAGGAAAGCAAGAAAUUUUUUGGUGCCUUUGAAGUUGAGGAGCAAGGACAGGGACUCUAGGAGCUGAAGCGUGAUUUUACUUAAAAAGAACAUUUCAGGAAAGGAAGACUCAGAGUACUGCAGAACUGGUUUUCAUGAUAUUACAUGGGGCCAACGUUUCCUGUUUCUGAUAUAUUGUGUGUGAUAAUAGUACCCCUAUAUCCUUUUCGGUUGUGGUAGAACAUGUCGUUUCUUCAGGGAACAACCAUCCUAACCUUUGGGUUUCCUUUCCUGGGUCUUAACAGUUCAGAGCUUAAUUGUCAGAGUCUGGAUUGCUUUUUCUCUUACCCUUUCCAUUUUGAAGUUCAUGUUGCCUCUUUUUUUAUGUUACCAACAAAGGGAGAUCAUUCUCAACUCAUUGCUAUCAGUUUGUCAUUGCCUCAUUCAGAAGAGCUUGGCAUUCUUUGCCAAUGCUUGGGAAACCUGGGCUAAAAGUGCCGACUGGAUCAUACCAGCCUGUCAACCACUGGAGCUCUCUAGCCCUGUGGAACCUCUUUAAUGUUACCCUGGGAUCUUCAGUACCUGGCUCCUUAGAUGAGGUGCAAGACAGAGCCACCAGGAUUGGUUCCAUCCCCGGGGGUGGGGUGGGAAACAUGGGGCUGUAGGGGGAGGGGCCAGUUACUAAGAGAGGAAAAGGCUUCCUGGUCACAUUUUUAAAACAUUGUACUAGCCGUGUUAUGGCAAUUUUAGAAGAUAUUUAUAAAUUAUCUUUUUCAAGAAAGAAAAAUCCGUAAUUCCCUGACCUAUCAAUAAUGUCUGUUUUUCCAUGUUCCCUUAUACUCUUUGUUUGAAUACAUAAGAAUUUAAAUAAUUAAUUACAGUAAAUGAAAUUUUAUUCUGAUUUUUAGUUACAAUUUCCCAGUUCUUAUAAUAAUUGAUUGCAUAAUAUAUCAUAAGUUACUAAGUUGUUCUGUUAUUGGAUGUCUAGAUCAUUUCAAUUUUUAAUAUUGUAGUGACAUAUGAUUAAUAAACUGGUACAUACAGUUUUUUUCCUUUCUUUUAAAUUAUUUCCUGCAGAUAAAUUCUCAGGAUGAUGUUAAGCAUGUCAAAAGUAUGAACAUUUGUUUAGGUUCCUUGUAUAUAUUACUAUAUUGUCUUGACAACAUUACAUUAAUUUAUAGUGUCACCAACAUUUGAAGUUACCAUAAGCAGGUUUUUGUAUAGUUUACUUUGGUAUUUUAUUUUUUUAAUUAUUUAUAUGCAUUGUCCAUUUAUCAAUUGAACUGUUUUUUUCCUCAUAAAUUUGUAUGAAUUCUUUUCUAUUAUGGUUAUUAGCCCAUUAACUAUUACAUUUCGUGACAAUAUUUUUCCUCAGUUUAUUGUUUUCCUUUUUUAAAAAAUAUUUAUUUAUUUAAUUUUGGUUGUGUCGGGUCUUUGUUGCUGUGCGCCGGUUUUCUCUAGUUGCGGUGAGCGGGCUUCUCAUUGCGGUGGCUUCUUUUGUUGCGGAACACUGGCUCUAGGUGUGUGGGCUUCAGUAGUUGUGGCACAUGGGCUCAGUAGUUGCGGCACGUGGGCUCUAGAGAGCAGGCUUAGUAGUUGUGGUGCACAGUCUUAGUUGCUCUGUGGCAUGUGGGAUCUUCCUGGACCAGGGAUCAAACCUGUGUCCCCUGCAUUGGCAGGCAGAUUCUUAACCACUGUGCUACCAGGGAAGUCCCUGUUUUCCUUUCUUUUUAAUAUAAUGAAAUGUUCACUCUGCAUUUGAUUCAAAAUAUCCAAAAGAUUUAUGGAGCAUUUAGCAUUUCUUGAGUUUAAAUGUCUUCAUACAGGCAGAGUAUUUUUUGUUUUGUGUUAAGGAAUAUCUUAGGGAUUAUGUAAAAUCUUCUAAAAUGAAGAACAGGGGCAUAAAUAUGUCAACCGAGGCCAACGGAAUCACAUAUGACAGACACUUGCCAUCUCUCACCCUAUAUUAGAUCGUACAGCAGUUGGGUGGGGUUCCAUGACAGAGUUAUUUUUUCCUCUUAAACAUGCUUUCUGUCUCUUUGUGUCCAUCCACCUUUUCUUAAAAAUAAAACAGUAAAUCUUGGAGAAGAUUAGCAAUUAUUUGUUAACACACACAAAAACCUCAGAGAGAUUCAAAUGUUACAUAUGCAUCAUCUGUAUUACUUCAUUUACAUAUAGGUAACCUAUUAAAAUGUGUAUUUGAAAAAAAUGUAAAAGUUGCUGAAAAACUAAGUAAGGAAAUCAGGAGGAAGAGAAAAUAAUCAUAGGAGCAGAAAGUAAGAAGAGAGGUAUGUUAUUAGUACCCAAGGAACAUGUCAUAUGAGCUCGCAUUUUUGCUAGGAGUGGGCUACAGAUUUGACCAUAAGCUUCCUAACACCCAACAUAAAUAGGGAAAUAUGAUCACACAAGUCACAUACCUCUUACCAAUUAAACAACAAACACACACUUCUUGGGAAAAACACAAUUCUUCCAACACUACUUGAAAUUGGUAUUGAUAAGUUUUUGUGAAAAUGUCCACCUGACUAUAUUACCAAAUGAGAGAGCAAACUAUUUUGAAUGAACAAAAAAGCAAUCACAUUUGGAAACGCUUAUGUUCACAACCAUACCUGCUAGUCUGCUCAGUGUAAACAGUCAUGUGUAAUGCUCAAUGUUACCUCAAAGUUAUACGAUGCUAUGUAUAUACAAAGAGACUCAAUGCAGCAUAGGAAUCUUCAGUCUCAUAAGUGGGUCACUGAAGACUGUUUUUUUUCUUCUAAAUAUUGGAGUGAUUUUCCUUAAUUUUGGUUAUUGGAGUCAAUUUUGUUUUGUUUCCUUCUUUUUUUUUACUUUUAAAAUUAACUUCAUUGCCAUAUAAUUUAUAUGCAACAAAAUGCACCCAUUUUAAGUGUAUAAUUAGAUGAGUUUUAACAAAUGUGUACACCUGUGAAAGCAUCCUAAACAAGAUUAAGAACAUAUCCUUCACCCUGUAAUGCGCCCCGUCCCAGUUAAACCCUUCACCUGUCCCAGCUCCAGGCAACCACUGGUCUGCUUUCUACCACCAUGUAUUAGUUUUGCUUGUUCUAGAUUGCCAUGUGAAUGGGACCAUAUCGUCUUUCGAGUCUGGCUUCUUUCAUCCAGCAUAGUGUUUUUGGGAUUCGUCUAUGUUGUUUGUAUCAGUGGUUUGCUUUUCAUUGCUGAGUAGAAUUCAGUUGUUUGGAUAGAUCAUGUUUUGUUUAUGUAUUCACUAGUUGAGGGACAUUUGGUCAUUUCCAGGUUUUGAAAAUCAUGAAUAAAACUGAUAUAACCGGGGCUUCCCUGGUGGCGCAGUGGUUGAGAGUCCGCCUGCCGAUGCAGGGGACAUGGGUUCGUGCCCCAGUCUGGGAGAAUCCCGCAUGCUGCGGAGUGGCUGGGCCCGUGGGCCUGUGGCCGCUGGGCCUGUGCGUCUGGGGCCUGUGCUCCGCAACGGGAGAGGCCACAGCCGUGAGAACCCCGCAUACUGCAAAAAAAAAAAAAAAAAAAAAAAAAACUGAUGUAACCGUUCUUCUACAAGUCUUUGUGUGGAUAUGUUUUCUCUUGAAAUGUCUAGUAUAGUGUAAUUGCUGAGUCGUAGAGUAAGUGUAUAUUUAACUAUAUAGGAAACUGCCAAACAGUUUUCCAAAGUAGUUUUGCCAUUUUAUACUCUCAAUAGCAAUAUAGGGGAGUUAGUAUUUAAAGUCCUGAUUUUUGAAUUGUUUCAAAAAGUAGAAAUAGGUCAUAAAUCCUUUUUUCAAGCUACUGACCAUGUUUCUGAAAAAUCCCAUUGCUUGAUAUGUUAGCCCUCUAUUUUAACAAAGAAGAGGAACAAAAAAAUAAAAGCAAAGCAGAGUGGUAUGAUCUAAUGCUGUUAUCUCUUAAAAGUUGUAUUUUCCAGGGAACUAUAGUCCAAUUCUUAUCUUCUUCCAGUAGAGUUUUGUUACAUGUGGAAGUAUGACACUGAUAAUUUGCUGAACUUUGAUAUAAGGUAUUAUGAAAUCAUGAUAUAACAAUUGAGACCUUCUGGACCUUUGCAAUAACAAAAAAAGAAGAUUGAUUACCAAGUAAUACCAAGUAAUAGCAGACUAGGGCAGCAUUCUGGACUGGGAGUUGUGGUCCCAGCUACAAGUUAUGUGACUUGAAGCAAGACAUUUGCCUCUCUGGGCAUAAGCCUAGGCUCUACCUUUGUAAUGGGCAGGACUAGGUAAAUUCUAAAUUCUGUACCAGCUCUAAAAUUUUGUGACUCUAAAUGCAGGCUGAAAUUACUUUUAAAUCAACUUAAAGCAUUUUUUUCACCUACAUAUUACAUGAGUAUAUUCCUUAAAAAAAAAAGGAAAUAAAUUAGAGCAUGCCAGAUAGAGUCAAAGUCCCAGCCCCUUCAUCUCCUUUUCCUUCCCCUUCU